CAUGCUGGCUUCUACCAAUGUAUCAUCAGGAACCGUGUAGGAGCAUACUACAGAGGAGGACUGAAGUGCAGGUUGCAUUUAUGGGCGGUUUUGAGGAGGGUGAGCGCGCCCAGUCGGUCUCUCAGGGGGAGGGGGCAGUGGUUCCCGCUCCACGCAUCAGGAGCUUUCCCCAGCCGCAGGUCACGUGGUUCAGAGACGGACGCAAGAUACCGCCCAGCAGCCGCAUAGCCAUUACUCUGGACAACACUCUGGUCAUCCUGUCCACAGUGGCCCCUGAUGCUGGACGUUACUACGUACAGGCUGUCAACGACAAGAACGGCGAAAACAAGACCAAGCCGUAUAUCUCCCUCUCUCUCUCAGAUGUUGGUGGGCCUGCAGACCCCAUCGCCCCCACCAUAAUCAUCCCCCCAACAAACACCAGUGUAGUGUCAGGCACGUCUGAAGUCACCAUGGAGUGUGUCGCAAACGCAAGACCGCUGAUCAAACUCAGCAUCACAUGGAGGAAGAACAGGGUUCUGGUCACCAGUGGUCUGAGUGACUUCAACCGCAGACUGACCAUUAUCGGCCCUGUGGUCAGUGACUCAGGGUUCUAUGAGUGUGAGGUGGUCCUCCGCAGCAGCAGUGUGCCUUCUGUCAAUGCUGGGGCCUACCUACAUGUUCAAGGUAUGAAUAUAUAUGGGUUACCUCACCAUAUCUCUCGCUCUCCUUCAGAGCCUCCCCAGUUUGUGAAGGAACCAGAGAAACACAUCACUGCUGAGAUGGAGAAAAUUGUGGAUAUCCCCUGUCAGGCACGAGGUGAGACACAUACACAUAUACAGUCAAGCGGCCUUCUUCCUGAGGACACAGGGAUGUUCCAAUGCUUUGCACGGAACCUGGCAGGAGAGGUGCAGACCCAUACCUGGCUGUCACUAGCAUUGCCCCUAAACAUCACAGCUGGACCAUCUGACAGCACGGUGAUUGAGGCAUGUCAGUCAUUCUCCACUGUGAAACAUUCAGGAGCACCUAAGACCAGCUAUCACCUGGCAGAAAGGCAGUUGCCCUAUGCUCCAGAGAACCCUGCAGCCCUGCUAAGUUCCUCAGAAAAGAGGGCCAUUAACCUCACCUGGGCCAAGCCCUUCGAUGGGAACAGCCCCCUACUUCACUACAUCCUGGAGGUCUCUGAGAACAACGCUCCCUGGGCUAUCCUCCUGGCCAACAUAGAGCCUGAGUCGACAGCGGUGACAGUCAGUGGACUCAUCCCAGCACGCUCCUACCAGUUCCGCCUGUGUGCCGURAACGACGUGGGCAAGGGCCAGUUCAGCAAGGAGACUGACCGUGUAUCUCUACCAGAGGAACCUCCCAGUGCCCCUCCCCAGAAUGUGAUCGCCAGCGGCCGCACCAACCAGUCCAUCAUGAUCCAGUGGCAGCCCCCACCAGAGAGCCACCAGAACGGGGUUCUCAGGGGCUACAGCGUCCGGUAUCGUCUAACAGGUCUUCCGGUGGACUACCAGAGUAAGAACAUCUCCAAACCAGACGUUACCAACAUUCUCCUGGAGGACCUGAUCAUCUGGACCAACUACGAGAUAGAGGUGGCAGCCUACAACAGGGCGGGGCUAGGAACCUUCAGCCACAAGGUCACUGAGUGGACGCUGCAGGGAGUGCCGACUAUAGCCCCCAGUAAAGUUCAGGUGGAGGCCGUCAACUCCACGACCAUCCGUAUCACCUGGGCCGCCCCUAACCCUCAGUUCAUCAACGGGAUCAACCAGGGAUACAAGCUGUUGGCAUGGGAGCCAGGUCAGGAAGAGGAGGUCACCAUGGUUACAGUGAGACCUAACUUCCAGGACAGUGUGCAUGUGGGCUAUGUGACGGGGCUGAAGAAGUUCACAGAGUACUACAGCUCUGUGCUGUGUUUCACUACGCCGGGAGACGGCCCCCGCAGCCCCGCUAACGGCCUGAGGACACAUGAAGACACUCCUGGGGCAGUGGGUGACCUGAGCUUCACAGAUAUCCUCGACACGUCUCUCAAAGUGAGCUGGAGAGAACCUGAAGAGAAGAACGGAGUCCUCACAGGGUACCGUAUCUCAUGGGAGGAGUUUAACCGCACCAACACACGGGUGACCCACUACCUCCCCAAUGUAACCCUGGAGUACCGCGUCACGGGGCUGACCGCCCUCACCACCUACACCAUCGAGGUGGCCAGCAUGACCUCCAAGGGCCAGGGAAAACUGUCCUCCUCCACAAUCUCUUCUGGGGUACCUCCAGAGCUGCCUGGUCCUCCCACCAACAUGGCCAUCUCCAACAUCGGCCCUCGAUCCAUCACCCUCCAGUUCAAACCUGGCUAUGAUGGAAAGACCUCCAUCUCUCGCUGGCAGGUAGAGGCCCAGGUCAGUGUGAUAGGAGACAAUGAGGACUGGGUGAUUGUUCACCAGCUGCCCAACGAGCCUGAUGCCCGAUCCCUGGAGGUGCCAGGACUAAACCCGUACACAUUUUACAGGUUCCGUAUACGUCAGGUGAACAUUGUGGGGACUAGUCCUCCCAGUCAGCCCUCAAGGAAGAUCCAGACCUUGCAGGCCCGUCCAGAUAUGUUCCCCGCUAACGUCACCCUGCGCACGGCCAGCGAGACCAGUCUGUGGAUCCGAUGGGUGCCCCUACCAGAGUGGGAGUACAAUGGGGACCCAGAGGUGGUGGGAUACCGGCUCCAGUACUCCCGCACAGGCUCCCAGGGCAGGGCGCUGACCCAUGUGAUCGCUGACCGGCUGGAAAGGGAGUUCACCAUCGAGGACCUGGAGGAGUGGACAGAGUACGAUGUCAGGGUUCAGGCUCUCAACGGCAUCGGGGCCGGUCCCUGGAGCCAGCCUGUCCGAGGAAGGACCAGGGAGUCUGUCCCCUCCUGUGGCCCCACCAACGUGUCAGCCUUUGCCACAACCUCCAGCAGUAUCCUGGUGCGCUGGUUUGAAGUACCAGAACCAGACCGGAAUGGACUGAUCUUGGGAUACAAGGUGUUGUAUAGGGAGAAGGACUCUGACUCGUCCCUCCAGUUGUGGACAGUGGAGGGGAACGCCAGCCACAGUGUCCAGCUGACUGGUCUGGGGAAAUACGUCCUCUAUGAGAUCCAGGUCCUGGCCUUCACCCGCAUCGGAGACGGCAUGCCCAGCUCACCACUCAUACUGGAGAGGACUCUGGACGACGUGCCCGGCCCUCCAGUGGGCAUCCUGUUCCCUGAGGUGCGGACCACCUCGAUGCGUCUCAUCUGGCAGUCCCCGUCCCAGCCUAAUGGUAUCAUCCUGGCCUAUCAGAUCACGUAUCGUCUGAACUCGACCAAUAGCAACACGGCCACAGUGGACGUGUUAAAACCGAGUGCUCGCCAGUACACGGUGACUGGCCUGAAACAAGAGUCAGUAUACGUGUUCCGCAUCACAGCCCAGACACGCAAGGGCUGGGGGGAGGCCGCAGAGGCACUGGUGGUCACCACAGAGAAGAGAGCUCGCCCUCAGCCCACCGGUCGUCCCAUGGUGCCCCAAGAGAAUGUUCAGGCCCGCAGCGUGUUGUUGUCAUGGGAACCAGGCAGUGACGGCCUCUCUAUGGUCCGCUACUACACCGUGCAGCUGAGAGAACUGCCUGAAAGCAACUGGACCGUCCACUCUGCCUCGGUCAACCACGAGUCCAGCUUCUACAUAGUUGGCAGGCUGAAGCCCUUCAUGUCCUACCAGUUUAGAGUGAAAGCCACCAACGACAUAGGAGACAGUGAAUACAGCGAGGAGAGUGAAGUUAUCACCACACUACAGGACGCCCCUGACGAAGCCCCCACAAUCCUCUCUGUCACACCACACACAACUACAUCCGUGCUGAUUCGCUGGCAGCAUCCGUCUGAGGAGAAGAUUAACGGUAUCCUCCUUGGUUUCCGGAUACGGUACCGGGAGCUCAUGUACGACCGCCUCCGCAGCUUCUCCGUACGCACCGCCAACAGCCCCUCCAAUACUUGGACCGAGCUCAACUCCCCCUACAGCGUGAGAAACCUGAGCGAGUCCUCUCUCACCCAGUAUGAGCUGGAUAACCUGAGCAAACACAAGCGCUAUGAGAUCAGGAUGAGUGUGUAUAACGCUGUGGGGGAGGGACCAACCAGCACACCACAGGAAGUGUUUGUAGGAGAGGCAGUACCCACCGCCCCACCUCAGAACGUGGUCAUCCAAUCAGCAACGGACCAGCUGGACGUGACGUGGGCUCCUCCAUUGGACACUCAGAACGGAGACAUCCAGGGAUACAAGGUGUACUUCUGGGAGAUCCAGCGCAAGAAUGAGACGGAGAGACUGCGCACGUUCCUGCCAGAGGGAGGGGUCAAGCUGAAGAACCUGACUGGAUACACCACCUACAUGAUCAGUGUGGCCCUCUUCAACGCAGCAGGGGACGGGCCCCGAAGCCCCCCAACCAGGGGCCGUACACAACAGGCUGCCCCCAGCGCUCCCAGCUUCAUCCACUUCAGUGAGCUGACCACCACGUCGGUCAACGUGUCCUGGGGCGAGCCUACCUACCCCAACGGCAUCCUGGAGGGCUACCGGCUGGUCUACGAGCCCUGCACCCCUGUUGACGGCGUCAGUAAGAUAGUGACGGUGGACGUCAAAGGGGCCCCAUUCUGGAUGAAGAUCAAGGACCUGGCUGAUGGGGUGACCUACAACUUCAGGAUCCGGGCCAAGACGUUCACAUACGGGCCUGAGGUGGAGGCUAACAUCACCAUGGGGCCUGGGGAAGGAGCCCCGGGSCCCCCUGGAGAGCCUUUCAUCUCCCGGUACGGCUCAGCUCUUACCAUCCACUGGUCCAACGGUGACCCCGGGAGGUCGCCUAUCACACGCUACGUCAUCGAGGCCAGACCUUCAGAUGAGGGCUUGUGGGAUAUCUUGAUCAAGGACAUCCCAAAGGAAGUGACGUCAUACGCCUUCAACAUGGACAUUCUGAAGCAAGGGGUUAGUUAUGACUUCCGGGUUAUUGGCGUGAACGACUAUGGCUACGGGUCUCCUAGUCCACCCUCAGCCUCCAUAUCUGCCAAAAAGGUGGCGCCAUUCUACGAGGAGUGGUGGUUCUUGGUGGUGGUGGCCCUGGUAGGUCUUAUCUUCAUCCUCCUUCUGGUCUUCAUCCUCAUCAUCAGAGGACAGAGCAAGAAGUACGCCAAGAAAUCUGACUCAGGGAACAACUCCAACUGUAAUGCCCUGACCCAUGGAGAUAUGGUCAGCCUGGARGAGGGACGCUUCCCCGCCCUGGAACUCAACAACCGGCGGCUGUCCGUCAAGAACUCCUUCUGCCGUAAGAACGGUGUCUAUACCAGGUCUCCUCCUCGGCCCAGCCCAGGCAGUCUCAACUACUCUGAUGAGGAUUUGAGCACCACCAAGUACAACGAUCUGAUCCAGGCUGAGAGCAGCAGCCUGACAGAGAAACCAUCUGAGAUAUCAGACUCUAAGGGCAGUGACAGUGAGUACGAAGUGGACCAGAACAGACAGAAGACACACUCCUUUGUGAGCCACUACAUCAGUGACCCCACCUACUACAACUCCUGGCGCCGCCAACAGAAGGGCAUUUCCCGGGCUCAAGCCUACAGCUACACUGAGUCAGAGUCAGGCGACCCAGAGCCCUGCGCCCCGCCACCACCCCUGCCCCCAUUGCCACCCCAGCUCACCUCCACCACCCCUCCGCUUAAGCUCCAGACCCAGGGUCAACCUCAGGGCCUCCCGCCCCAGGGCCAGGGUAGUCUCUUCAGGCCGAAAGGCAGCCGGACUCCGACCCCCUCUCAGCAGCUCUCCAACUCCACCCCUCCCAGCCACUCCAACACUCUGUCCUACUGGCCCCCCAGCAGCCCCAGCCCAGCCCCUGGAUCUCGGGCCCCCAUCGCCGGGUUCUCCUCCUUCGUUUGAUUCCGAGAGGGAUCUGUGUUCCCUUCUGAAAACAAAAGCCACCCUGCUGCCCAACGUGUCUAGAAAGUAAAUACCCAACACAAAAGAAACCCUCGGAAUCCACCAUAUUGAUUUCUGUUUCUCCGUUUUUUCUUACUUGUUUUUCUUCUUUUCUUUUUAUUACUGAGUUGUGUUUUAAGGAUCAUACUGUACACAGACAGGACAGAAGUGACAUACUUUAUUCCAGUACAUUGUUCCUCUUGUGUGCGUGUGCUGGUAUAGUUUUAUUUCCAUUCUUUAACCAAGAGACAGUUGCUGAGAACAAGAUCUGUUUGAUUGAUUUGCAUUAGUUUCAAUGUAUUGUUUAUUUUCUAUUUUUCAUUGUUACACUUCUACACACAUACAACAAGAUAAUAAUUUAGUUAGAUACUGUAAAAAGGCAAGAGUUUAUUGGAAAAAAAUAUCUACAAGACGAUAAGUGUCAUAGCGUCAAUCCACACUCGGAUAACAAGCACCAAUGAAACUGGGAUCCCAAAAUGGAGCCAUACAAGCGAGUGAAAUGAGUAGAGUUUGAAGGAUGGAAAGAGGAACAGGGUAUAAAAAAGACAAAGUAAUGAAAGUGAGAAGGAAGGGGGAGAUUGAGGCUGAAAUGAGCCCACUGGCAGUCUUUACAUGCCCAGUCCUGUCCAAUUAGGUCAAUUCAGUUUCUGGGUGUUAAUGUGAGAUAUGUUAGUGACCUCCCCCUAUUUAACCUAUGGACCAUGAUCCUCAGCAGUUAUCUGGCCUGGCCUAUAGGGUACGCACUAUUGAGUCUGACAGCAUUUCGAUGUCACAGGCAGGUCACAUCUCUGUGCUGUACACCAAGUUCCUAGUUGCCUGCCUGCCUUGGCAGAUAUGGGAAAUGUACUGUAUGUCUGAAGUAAAAAUGUUGAGGUUG